AUAUAUUUAUUCCUUAUUCCCAUAUAUAAAUCUUGGUUAUAUUCGUAUGCACUUUCGAGGAAGUACUGAUUGACGUUUCAACCCUCGCCGAAUACCCGAAGGCGCUUGUACUCAUUAGCGCCUUCACUUGCGUAUAUAACAUCCCCCUCGGUCGUUUUCCCUGAUUCACGACCACGACCUGACGGUACUAGCAAAACUUAUGCGAGUAGCUUGAACCCCGUGAUACAAUUCUUAGGGUUAGGCAUUGUAUUUUCAGCUGAACCUUUAAAAAAGCCUUGGGUUGAUUUAAAUAUGAGCUGUUCUUCGACGAACACAUCGUGGUUUAUUUCUUAUCUGGCUCCCUGAAAUACUUGAAAUAUUGAAAUAUUUUUUGCCCACCACUUUCAUAACUAUAUCCACAAUGGGUCACUCCAGGUGUAUCUCGACUUACGACGACGAUUUCGAAUUCGACGACGCUUACUUUAGGCAAUUCUACAAGCCAUUGUCUAACCUCCCCACACCGCCGCCCUCCUCCAAAAACUCAUCUGCAGCUCAAAGUCCUCGAAUUUUGGCUGAAGAUGUCGAAAGUGCUAACUCUGAGUACCUUGGCCCCGCUGCUCACCUAGCUAGAAUGCUACCACCAGGAGCUUCAUUUAUGACGCCGUCUAUCCCUAUGGUGCAGGGAAUCUUAGCACGUGCGAACCUGCCAAUGGACAUCAUUGCCCUGGCGGUCUGCAUUUUGGACUCCUUGAAUGCCAGAUUUUCUCGAAGCUGGCGAAUCUCCUUCCCCCUGAAUAAGCAUGCCGACCUGCCGAAGCGCCACACGCUCCCUUCUGGAGCUGUUCAAGCCCUGCACAUAGACAGCGUGUUCCCCGAGAUCAUCAUCCUGACCUCGUUAAUAAUUGCCGAUAAAUUCGUAGAGGAUUUACAGGAGUCGAUUCAAUACUACAGUUCGGCGUGGGGCCGAGACGUCUGGACAUGCGAGCAGAUCAACUUCACCGAACGAUGUAUCAUGGAGAACCUAGGCUAUCGCAUUUUGCCGCUGUGGGAGGAAAAGUCUAUCAAGCAAGCGAGGCACGAUAUCGAGAUGGCCAGAAGGGAAUUGCUUGAGGAGGGCGUGGAAUUCGUGUGCCACGAGAACCAGCCGAAACACACGAAGACGAUGAGCUCAGGCCAGGCUGUGAUAGGCCUGGGCCUGCAACUUACCCCUACCAAGACUCCCAAUUCAGAAUCCAUCACCCCGUUCAGUCCAGUUCAAACCCUCGACCAAGCCACUAAGAACGCAUUCAGCGUUACGGACCUGCCAAGCGAUUACCUGUGUCUCCCCUCAGCGUCUCUUCCUCGGUGAAACCAGGAUUUUUAAUUUUUGCAAAAACCAAGCAAUUGCUUUUUUUAUCAUCUGCAUAGCAUGUUAUAUGGAUUGGGGGGGCCUUGCGUGAAACCAGGGUUUUUGUGGUUUCAUUCGGCAUCAAAAAGAAAAGACAAUUUUGCAUUGAAUUUUUACACAACAUUUUUUUUUUUGGCAAUCCUAGUU